ACCAAUCAGUGGGUACAGUAGUGUGAAUGGUGGUAAUAUAUUUAAAACCUUUUGAUAAGUGUUUCAGAUCAGCAUUGUAUGUCUGUGUCUAUACAUAACAUAACAUAGCCAUGCCACAUCUUGCUCUUUCAUUGUGAAAUUGAGAAAUAAGCCUGUAGUGGUUAGAUGUGUUUCGAGGAUUACCUAUACACAACCAACCACAACAGUAAACUUUUAUUUUGAUCUACUCAGAUGGCUGUGCAUAAAGCCGCCUAUGAUUUUUGAGGCAGAAGGCCGUCCACCAAAAGUCAGGAUCAGAGGUUUCUGCCUGUUAAAAGGAUUUUUUUUCCUUGUCGCUGUGGCACCAAAUGCUUGUUCGUGGGGGGAAUUGUUGGGUCUCUGUAAAUUAUAGUGUGGUCUACAUCUACUCUACUCUAGACCUAAUCUGAAGUGUCCUGAGAUAACUUCUGUUGUGAUUUGACACUAUAAAUCCAAUUUAAUUGAAUCGAUCAUAGACAGCUUUAAAUUGUUUAUCUAUAGAACUUGUCAUUGGAAUGGUGGGUGCUGUUCAUGAUAAGAUUCUGUGAUGUCAUAAUGAGCCAUUCUAGAAUCUAGAAUCCUGUAUGUGGAAGCAUAAGUCUUACACACAACUAGAACCAAUUGUUGAGAGUCAGGAGAGAAACCUGUACCUAAGUUAUAAGGAGUAACAGUCUUCAUACUAAAGAGCAAAGAUGUCGGUGUAUAAUCAGCUCCGUCUGGAACAAGAGCUUUGUGACGCGGUGAUCAGAGUGGACAAUGUUGAAUUUCACACGCACAAAAUCAUCCUCUGCAACUGCAGCCCGUACUUCAAAGCCCUUUUCACCCACUGGUCAACCCCAGACAGUCGGGUCUUUGACAUUCCCAAUGUGUCCCCCGGCAUGAUGAAGCUCAUCAUUGAGUUUGCCUACACUGGCUUUGUUCCUGUGACACAAGACAUUAUACAAGAGCUUUUUGUCGCAGCAGACCGGUUUAAUGUAAUGGGCAUCAUACGAGCCUGCUGUGACCUCCUGGAGAAGCAGCUGACCCCACAAAACUGCAUUGGCAUCUGGUGGUUCACAGACAUCUAUUACACCCCUGAACUGAACCACAAGGCAUUCCUUUACAUGCUGAAUCACUUUGAGGAGAUUGCUGCCACCUCAGAAGAGUUCCUGCAGCUCUCUGCGCAGGAACUUGCUAAAAUCAUUGCGAAUGACCGACUCAAUGUGAAGCAGGAGAAUACGGUGUUUAGGGCUGUCCUUCGCUGGAUUGCCUACGCAACUGAGGAACGCAGAGAAAACAUCUCUCUGCUUUUGUCCAACGUCAGGCUGGCUUUAAUGAGUCCAGAAUACAUCACAGACAGUGUGAGCGACAACGAACUGGUGAAGGCAAGUAAAGAUUGUCGACCGAUUCUCCUGAGGACCCUGGAGGCCAUGCUUGACCUGCGAACAAAGGGGUUCUCUGACUCUAUUUCCUAUAACCUUUUGGCCCGCCCACGAUUGCCCUCUGCCAUCCUGUUGGCUGUUGGAGGCUGGUGCGGAGGCAGUCCCACCCAUGAUAUCGAGGCGUACGAUGUCCGUGCUAACCGCUGGGUCAAUGUAACAAACAAUGAGGAGGCUCCCCGGGCCUACCAUGGCACAGUUUUCCUCGAUGGAUCAGUUUAUUGUGUCGGUGGCUUUGACAGUGUAGAGCAGUUCAGCUCUGUGCACAGGUUCAACCUGGGCACGCACAUCUGGCAGGAGGUGACACAAAUGCAUUCGAGUCGCUGCUAUGUCAGCGUAACUGUGAUGGACGGGUGCAUAUAUGCCAUGGGAGGUUAUGAUGGACAUAAUCGACUCAGAAGUGCUGAGCGCUAUCAGCCCAAAAUCAACCAGUGGACUUUAAUUGCGCCUAUGCACGUACAGAGGAGUGAUGCCAGCUGCACAACCCUCCAUGGCAAGGUGUACAUUUGCGGUGGCUUCAAUGGGAGUGAGUGCUUGUCAUCGGCUGAAUGUUACGACCCAGAGACGAACCAGUGGACACUGAUCGCCUCCAUGGCCAGCAUGCGCAGUGGAACUGGGGUCAUCACCUAUGCAGACCAUGUCUUUGCAGUUGGUGGUUUCAAUGGAACCAGUCGUCUGCGCACUGCUGAGGCCUACAACCCCCACACUGACACCUGGCACGCUGUGCCCUCCAUGCUGGGCUCCCGAAGUAACUUUGGUAUCGCAGUGAUCGAUGACCGUCUCUAUGUGGUCGGGGGCUUCAACGGCUUUACCACCAUCCCAGACGUCGAGUGCUUUGAUGUCGAAGCUGGUGAGUGGUCUGAUGUCCGUGACAUGGAGAUCUCCCGCAGCGCCCUGAGCUGCUGCGUGGUGUAUGGACUCCCCAACUUGGCAGAGUAUGCUGCCCCUCAUCACUCCCUGCACUCCAUGGAUGAAGUCGAAUGAUGCUGUAUUUUUU